CGCCCACGUCAUGGAUUAAGGGUCCCUGCGUCCGUUGUACUUGAGAAAAUGGAGAGUUAGCUAGAACCAUCUGGACAGAGAACCGUCCCCCAGGAUCAGGUUAGCCCGCCGCGACCCUCAGCGAGACGCCCCGCUUCGUCUGACUGACGAGAGGUUCCGUUCCUAUGGAAACGAGCCGCCUCGAGAACGGGAUGCCGUGUCAGAAGGAGCUGGUUAACGGCGGGCGGCAGCAGGAGGACCACGCGGCGGCGGCGGCCAAGCAGGUCCGCUUCUCCCCCAGCGCCGGCGGAGAGCCCAGUCCCGACCGCGAACACGAACAGGCCAGCGAGGUCCAGCGGCAGAUAGGACCGCAGCUCAAACUGCUGCCUUUAAACGACCAAAUACGGGAGCUGCAGACCAUCAUCAGGGACAAGUCUACUAGUAGAGGAGAUUUUGUGUUUUGUGCUGAUAGAUUGAUAAGACUAGUGGUUGAAGAGGGACUCAAUCAGCUUCCCUACAGCGAAUGCACCGUGACCACGCCCACAGGUCACAAGUACGAGGGAGUGAAGUUUGAGAAGGGGAACUGUGGUGUGAGCAUCAUGAGAAGUGGUGAGGCUAUGGAGCAGGGACUGCGGGACUGUUGUAGGUCAAUCCGCAUUGGGAAGAUUCUGAUCCAAAGCGACGAGGAGACUCAGAAAGCCAAAGUUUUCUACGCCAAGUUUCCCCCCGACAUCAGCCGCAGGAAGGUGCUGCUCAUGUACCCCAUCCUGAGUACAGGUAACACAGUCAUCGAGGCGGUGAGGGUGCUAACAGAACACGGGCUGCAAGCCAAACACAUCAUACUGCUCAGUCUCUUCUCCACUCCCCACGGUGCGAGGUCCAUUGUUCAGGAGUUCCCUGAGAUCACAAUACUGACAACUGAAGUUCACCCAGUUGCUCCGACACACUUCGGCCAGAGAUACUUCGGCACAGACUGACGAUCACACACACACUGUCGUUCCCUCAGAUGCAAACGCUGCAUGUGUGUGAGCCGACUAACUGACUGAGUGUGUUUUGUUAUUCAGUUGGUCAGGAAAUAAUGUGCUCUGGCUGUAUUGUUUCUUAUUGGUCCAGUUGGGGACUCCACUCUUGUCUCGCUUGAUCCGUUUUUCAGUGUUUUCAAAACUUGACUUGUCCAAUAAACUCGACAAUUACUGACGUUCAGCCUUUCUAGGAUCUCCAUCUUCGAAUGCCAGAACGAAGGGGUGCGUUCUAGACUGUGCUAAUAUUCUAGAACCGAGAAGGCACACAUUCCAGCUUCAAUGCAUGUGUUUCCCCAACUGACUUUUCUCUACACUGUCAGUGCAGAGCCAUUAGAAAAGAAGGAACAAAUAUAAAUAAAAGUAUUUUGUAUUAAA